AUGCUCCCAUUUAUCGUAUCCUCUAUUGGUGUGAUUUGUGGUGUCCUCGUAGCAAUUAUGAAUUGUUAUUUGAUUUUUAUAUAUCGGAGCCAGAAACACCACCAAACCCAUGAUAUGACCCAGUUUUACUAUCGAUUUCAUUUGGAUGUCAUUAUUGGAUUCGCCACAUGUCUUUAUUUAGGUCAUGUGCUCACUUUUUACACGUUCCCCGAAUUUUUCGAAUCUACGAGACUGCUGGUAUUAUGGUUCGGAUUGUUAACAUCAAAUCUACAAAUGGCACGAAUGAUGUUCCAGUUUUUUAUCAGCUGUGAUAGAGUCAUGGCCGCUUUCUUCCCAAUCGAAUAUCGUGUUUAUCACUCUAGGAUCCCCGUCUGGCCAUUUUUCCUAUUCUCACUGGCUUCUGGACUUUUCCAAGACUUUAUAUUUUUCUACUGCUGCGAUUUUGUAAUUUACGUUCCAAAAAACUGUUUGGCUCUUGGUUGUGUUAUGAAUGUAUGCUUCAAAACUUUCUGGUCCACUUAUCAGACGGUUAUCCUAUCUACAAUUGUUUUUCUAUCAACUGCAUUUUGUGUCCGCCUAUUUCUGUGGAGCAAAUCUGUGAGCUCUUUGACCCAAGCCAAUCGAUUAGCAAUCAUUGAUGCUGUGACCACAUUCUUUUGUCAAUUCAUUCCUCCAUUUUGUGUUAGUCUAUGGCCGGAUUUUGAACUUUUCCAGUUUUCGUACGCUGGACCAUUCAAUCUAGUUGGAAAACUUGUGGGGAACACUAUAGAAUCUGCACUGAUGUUCAGAAUUAUGAGAAAAAAGUACGUGGAACAGAAGGCAGCAACAACAUUUGUAAUUAGAGGAUUCAGUCAUGGCACACACUCGUCGGACCAUCAUAGAUUUUGA